GCCAUUAGGGAGACCAUGUCAAAUUAAUUACUCAACAAACUGAGCUAACCCUGGUACGUACCCCCACUGCUGGAGUAGCCUUUAUAAAUGGGAAGGAUUGAUGAUUCAGUUCACAGGCUGCAAGGAACAAGAGUACACUACCAAUAUCGAUCAGGCACCAGAAGCGAUGACAGGGUUUUCCUCUCCAUGCGGAGCAUGCAAGUUCCUUCGGAGGAAGUGCGUCAGUGGGUGUGUCUUCGCCCCACACUUCUGCCAUGAGCAAGGCGCUGCACAUUUUGCCGCCAUUCAUAAGGUCUUUGGUGCAAGCAAUGCCUCAAAGCUCCUCAUGAGCCUCCCUGCGACCGACCGCCGCGAGGCUGCAGUCACCAUCUCUUACGAGGCACAGGCCAGGCUACAUGAUCCAGUAUAUGGUUGUGUCGCGCACAUAUUUGCUCUGCAGCAACAGGUUGUAACUCUGCAAGCACAGUUGGAGUCGCUUAAAACUGGGGCGCCACAACUGGUGUCAAGCCUGGAAGAAGACAGUAUUAAGGCCAAGAUUAUGGCUUACGAGAAAGGGGAAGCUAGGAUGCCACAGCUAGGAGAAUCGGUUAAGAUUGAGAGUGAGAGCUAUUUCGGAGAUGAUGUCAUGGCCUGCACUUCCAUGCCAUAUUCUCAGGGUUACAGUUCACAUAUAUACACAACCGACUAUACAGACUCGUUUAAUGAUGACAGUAUCAACAGAAGCACCAUGUUUCCCGUUGAUAUGCAAGAAUAUCUGCAAGAGAAUGGGUAUUACUGAUACAGAGGGGCUCUAGUUGGUUGCCUUUGCAUAUAUCAACUAGGUGCCACACCAUGUUCUUUAGUAGCUGCAAAACAAGCAGUAGCCCUCCUUGGGUCAAAUUCUAAGACAUGGACAACCAUUGUAGAAUGUUCCAUGAGCAGCCUGUACUAAAAUGCUGAAUAAAGCAGGGUGUAGAAUCGGAGAUACUUCAUCAAUUGUUUUUUUUUUUAGCCUAGUGAGUUGGCAAGAAUCAGAGAUACUGAUAUGCCAAGCUAUGUUUUUCUUUCUCCUUUGAUCAUUAAUUCAUUGCCUGCAAGCUAGAUAUUCUGUCAAGUUCAUUUCACACAUUCCAAACCAAUACAGUACUAGGUGGAAUGGAAGUGAAGAUCUGACUCAAUGGAAAUCAGCCAAAUAACUAGUCCACGCCAAAACUGCCCGUGGCCGAGUGGCGGUUCCUAGGUGUGUGACAGAGCCGGAAAGCAGAUGACAAGUCUCCGAUUGUGAUAGAUUUAAUCAGAAGGUGCAGUAUGCAAUCCUUAAUUAGUAAGAUGGGAUGGCUGCCAUGUUUUUUGUGCGGAUUAGGAGGAGGCAUUUCGUCGAACAGGUUGAGUUCAUGGCGGGUGAUACUUGGAGUCAAAGAUAGGUCGAGGUAG